ACUGUCGAGUUUUGUUCUGUUUUUGCUACUAGUAGAAGUUUCGUACUUUGAAAUGAAAGAUAUUAAUUAUAAGAAAUUUUAAAACUAUAACUUUGAAGAUAUAUCCUUGUAUAGAUUUCAUAACAGAAAUAAUAUUGCAAUGACACACAAAUUAAAAGGAUAUGUGUCUUCUCGUAUUCUAGAAGCAUUAAAAUGGAAAACUAGUCCAAACAACUUUAUGCCUACACUUCUUUCUAACCACAUCACAAUUGGAAAAGAAAAAAAUGGUACAAACAUUGAAUUUCACUUAUCAAGAACUUCAUUAAAGAAAGUAUUAAGCACUUCAUUCAGUGAUAAGGAAGUUAAUAUGUCUGAGGUGAAGAAUGUUGUUGCAGAUGACAUCAUUUGUGAUGUACAUGAAGAAGUAACAAAAAGGGAUGUCAGUAUUGUUUUUCAAAUAAACAGGAAUAUGUUUAUUAAGGAAGUACUGCAGGACAUCACUUGUGAUACUGUAAUGUGGAGGAAAACACUUGCUCAAAAUUUACUUCCACAGUCAAAAGAAAAUAAAGUUGUUAUAGAAUACAGCUCACCAAACAUAGCCAAACCAUUCCAUAUGGGUCACUUACGCUCAACUAUAAUAGGGAACUUCAUUGCAAAUUUACUUGAGUUUCUGUCUCAUAAAGUCGUUAGACUCAAUUAUCUUGGAGACUGGGGAACUCAGUUUGGGCUACUCCAAGUGGGACUAGAAAUGUGUGGCUAUUCAGAAACCUUGAUCAAACAAAAUCCUAUGCAGCUGCUCUACAAAGCUUAUGUUGAAGCUAAUAAGAAAGCAGAAACUGAUUCAAGUAUAUCUGCCAAAGCUCGAGAAGCCUUCCACUGCUUAGAAGAAGGUAACACAGAGAACAUGGAAAAAUGGAAAUUGUUUCGUUAUUACACUGAACAAGAACUACGGCAUGUUUAUCAGCGAUUGGGGAUAUGUUUUGAUGAGUAUAAGUGGGAAUCUGAAUACAGUGCUAAAGAUAUAGGCAGUAUUUUACAUUCGUUAGAAGCAAGAGGGAUUCUGAAGACUGAAAGUGAUGGCAGGCAAGUGGUGGAAAUUAACCAACAGUGGCGUGUGCCAAUCAUGAAAAGUGAUGGCUCUACAUUAUACCUGACACGAGACAUUGCUGCUGCUUUGGACCGCUAUGACCACCACAAGUUCACAGAAAUGCUGUAUGUUGUGGAUAAUGCUCAGACUGACCAUUUUACAGCACUGUUUGGGAUUCUGUCUAAUAUGCAAUUGCCUUGGGCUGCUUCACUAAAACAUGUCAAAUUUGGGAGAAUCCGAGGAAUGAGUACUCGAAAGGGGUCCGUAGUUUUUCUUACAGACAUCUUGGAUGAAGUACGAGACAUCAUGGCAAAAAAACAACAAGAAUCACGUACUACAAAAGUAUUUCUGGAUAAAAAUGAAAAAACAACUGAUAUCCUUGGUACUUCAGCAGUGAUUAUUAAUGAUUUGAAACAAAGACGGCAAAGAGACUAUGAAUUUGAUUGGAACAGAGCUCUUCAGGUGCAAGGUGACACUGGAGUGAAAUUACAGUACACCCACUGCAGACUUUGGAAUCUAGAGAAAAAUUGUGGUACAUCUCUUCCUCUGGAGUGUGAUCCUAGUGUUCUUCAAGAACCUGAAGCUAUCUUCCUAAUAAAGGACAUAGCAAGAUUUAAUGAGGUGAUCAUGAAAUCUUAUGAAGAACUUGAAGCCUGCGUUCUUGUGAAUUACCUUUUUCGGUUCUGUAAUUUGAUCAACAGAGCCUUUGACAUACUUCAAGUGAAGAAUGAAGAUGUGUACGUAGGGUCACAAAGAUUGUUAUUGUUUCAUGCGAGUAGAAUUGUGUUGAAUCAAGGUAUGAAAAUACUUGGACUUCAGCCAUUACAUCAAAUGUAAUUAUUCCAUUUCUUGUAACAUACAAUUGUUUUUCAGUUGGUGAGAACUGAGUGGUAUUUGAGAAACAAGUAUUCUCCAUGUUAUGCUAUAGUUCAUUAUAAGUUCACUUUCCCAAGAGGGUGUGAUUUUUUUAAUAAAUUAUUCUGUUCUUCUCUUA